AUGUGGGAUAUGCUGACUGGCUGUUUCAUAACAGAACGAAAUGUUGGCUCCCUGGCGUCAGUUCUCAGCUCCCAAACUUGCAGCCUGAGAGAACUGGACCUGAGUAACAACAACCUGCAUGAUUCAGGAGUGGAACUACUGUCUUGUGGCUUGCGGAGUAAAAUGAUAGGACUGAAGAAUCCACACUCUAGACUGGAAACUCUCAGGAUAUCAGGUUGUUUGAUUACAGAGGAAGGCUGUGCUUCUCUAGCCUCAGCCCUGACUUCUAACCCUUCUCAUCUGAGGGAGCUGGACCUGAGCUACAAUCACCCAGGAGACUCAGGAAAAAGGCUGCUAUCUUCUGGACUUGAAGUCUGAAGAUAGCAGCCUGGACUGUAGUCUCUGUUGGAGCCUGCUGGUGUCCAGUAGCUCAGACAAGGUCUGAGGAAGUAUUUCUGUGAGCUCACAGUCAACACAGAUACAGUAAACAGAAACCUUAAACUGUCUGACAACAACAGGAAUGUGACAUACAUGAAAGAAAAUCAGUCAUAUCCUGAUUAUCCAGACAGAUUUGACCAGAAUCAUCAGCUGCUGUGCAGAGAUGGUCUGACUGGCCGCUGUUACUGGGAGGUUGAGUGGAGUGGAGGUGUGCAUAUAUCAGUGAGUUACAAGAAAAUCAGCAGGAGAGGAGAAAGAAAUGACAGUUGGUUUGGAGGGAAUCCUCAGUCCUGGAGUCUGUUCACCGAUGGUGGUUACUCGAUCUGGCAUGAUACAAAAGGAACAUCCAUCCCUUCCUGUUCCUCUUCUUCCUCUGUCUCUGGCAGAGUAGCAGUGUAUGUGGACUGUCCUGCUGGCAUUCUGUCUUUUUACAGAGUCUCCUCUGACAAGCUAAUCCACCUCCACACCUUCAACACCACGUUUGAUGACCCUCUGUAUCCUGGGUUUGGACUCUGGUCUUGGUCUUACUUAUCACUGGCUUCCUCGGUACGUUUGUGUUCUUUGCAGAAAUAAUUCACUUUUGUUAAAUAAAGUCAGACUGUUGACUGUGUCACACUGGUCAGGAUCACACACAGCUACAGACCCAGUACUACAGAGCAAAUCCAGAUGUACAUCAAGUAUAUCUUUUCAUUACACAGAUUCACAUUUGAGCUGUCUUUCAAAGGUGGCUAUCAACUCACAUCUGACUGAAUUUUGUUCUUGUGUCCUUAAAAGCAAACGAUAAAGACAGUAAGAGUUAUAACUGCUGCCACCUGGUGAUUAGUUUCUCAACAACAAAAUGCAUAUAGUAGCUAGAUUGCAUUUGGUUAUUGUUUUCCAUUUUGACGAGACAGAUAGGUUUACUGAGUUUGGUUGCUAAUUAUUACUUAGUAAUAUCAGACUCUAAAGAUUUCUUGUGUAACCCUUUUAAUGAAUGCACUGGUACUUGUAGUAUUUUUCUACACUAACUGAGCAUUCAAAGUGAGUUUCACUAUUAGCCACAUUCACUCACAAAUAUUCAUGCAGUGCUUUAAUCUAUGUUUAUAAGUACUUUUUAUCUGUCAUGCACAAACUGACUGCUGGCUGCACUGGAUACCCUCUUAUGCAUUUAUUA